AUGAAGGAGGGUGACCAAGCAUUAUCUGCUACCAACACUGAGAAACUUGAAUGCAGUGAUCAUGAAAACAAUAUCUCCUUCGAGUGUGUAGAAGAAGGAAUUGUGGAACAGACUGAGGAGCCCCCUUCGUGCAAGGUACCCAGGAAAAGUUUAGAAAAAUCCUUUAAAGACAUAUGUAAUACACAUACUGUGAAAGAAGCUGAAGAGAAACUCAAAAGAUGUAAUGACUGUGGAAUUUUAUGUCAAAGUGACCAUGUUCAUGUCCACACUGUGCUAAGUGCAAAGAGACAUCACAAAUGUGAUAUUUGUGGUAAAAUGUUUACUCAGUUAUGCAAUCUUAAGAAACACAGAUUAAUACACACUGGAGAGAGACCCCACGAAUGCGAUGUUUGUGGAAAAUCGUUUACUGAAAGGUGCAAUCUGAAGCAACACGAAUUAGUACACACUGGACAGAGACCACACAAAUGCGGUGUCUGUGGAAAAUCAUUCACUCACUCGGGCAGUCUCAAGACCCAUGUUUUAAAACACACAGGAAAGAGACCACACAAAUGCGAUGUGUGUGCAAAAUCGUUUACUGAAAGGGGCAGUCUCAUGAAACAUGAAUUAAUACACACUGGACAGAGACCCCACAAAUGCGAUGUCUGUGGAAAAUCAUUUACUCAGUCGGGCAAUCUCAAGCAACAUGAAUUAAUACACACUGGACAGAGACCACACAAUUGCAAUGUCUGUGGAAAAUCAUUUACUCAGUCGGGCAGUCUCAAGACCCAUAUUUUAAAACACACAGGAAAGAGACCACACAAAUGCGAUGUGUGUGCAAAAUCGUUUACAGAAAGGGGCAGUCUCAAGAAACACGAAUUACUUCACACUGGACAGAGACCCCACAAAUGCGAUGUCUGUGGAAAAUCAUUUACUCAGUCGGGCAAUCUGAAGCAACACGAAUUGAUACACACUGGACAGAGACCACACAAUUGCGAUGUCUGUGGAAAAUCAUUUACUCAGUCUUGCAAUCUGAAGACCCAUUCAUUAAUACACACAGGAGAGAGACCCCACAAAUGUGAAACUUGUGGUAAAUUGUUUAAUGUAUUGAGUAAUCUCAAGGCCCACAAGUUAACACACAGUGGAAAGAGACCCUACACAUGUAAUAUUUGUGGAAAAUCUUUUAGUCAUUGGGGCAGUCACAGGAAACACAAAUUAAUACACACUACAUAA